GAACUCCACCAGGAUUGAACCUGUCUGAGUUAUGUUGACGAGUGUCAAAAAACGUAUGCCGAUGUUCUUCUUUUUUUCAUUCCAAAAAUAGGCCUGCCCUGCAGCAUGAAUCUCAACAUGCCCGAAGAAAUAUUUGUUAUAGAGGCAGAGGAUGUUACAGCAUCGUUCUGUAUUUGUAUUUUAAUCGCUUGUAUGCUGACGGCGAUGUUCGUUUUUCCAAGAAUGACCAUCAUCGAUUCCCCUUUUACCCAAGCGCAAGCUCCAAUUGUACCUGAACUGCCUAUGGUGGGGACAAGAAAUCCUUUUGCUAUCAAAAUUCUCAACCCCGAUGCUGCUUCUGUCAGAGAUGGAGUCAAACUCCUCGUGAAGUCCUUGGUAGGCUGUGAGCUCCAAUCCUUAUGGGCUGUACACUGUUCCUCUCUCCAAGAAACUCUGCGCGAUGCUAGCCUCGGCCUUCUCCGAGAUCCAGCCGGUAGUCUUCACGGUCAUUUCUUACAUCACGGUCACCCAAUCAACUUAGCUGCUGAGACCGAGACCGAGAUAUCUCUGUCGCUGCCACACAGUGUGACAGACACCCAGAUACAGGCCAGCAUGGGUCCCCCACCCCGAGCCAAAUAUCCCCUCUGUCUUGUCGUCAGAUCCCUCCAAGGAGAAAGUUGGGCAGAUUCUCAACUACAAAUUGUAGGAGCGGUGCAUAUCUUCCAUCUACCAGAUGAGACAUUCCCGGACGGAUGUCGUUUGAUCUCACAACUUGUCAUAUCCAGCUCCGGACAAGUCUGUGAUCUGCAGAAACUGUUCAUGGCCACAGAUGGAACUCAAACAUCACACUACUCGACUGAGCCUGCUGCUGGCAAUUCUAACAUAGAGGGCGCCCUUCCAAAUAGAGUGAACACAGACAGUGAUGCGGGCAGCGGAGAGAGGAACUCAGCAGACCAUAGGGAUGACAGUGUGGACGCAAAUGAUAAAUUACAUGGGUGUGUGGUUUGCCAAAACGGACCAGUCAGUAUAGCCCUGUUGCCGUGCCGACACACUUGCGUCUGCUCCUCCUGUUUCCCGUUACUGAAUAAAUGCCCCAUGUGCCGCCGCCAUUUUGACUCGUUCUUCCCAUUGAACUGUGGGAUUGAUGGGGCACGGGAUCCGAUGCAUUACCCAGCCGACGGUGCGCAGGAUGACGAGGAUGAUGAUUGGGCGACAAAGUUUAACAAUUACUGUGAGAGGUUCAACCGAUGGCUCGGAUUGGACAACUGAGAUGUACGUGUAUGGCUUUACAAUAGAGGUCACACGCACACACAAAGGGAGAACAACAGAUCCUUUCAGUCCUCGAGCGUUGGGUCUUUUGUUGAAAACGGUCCUUGAUCGUACGGUUAUGUGUUUUUUAAUUUGAAGUUUGAAAUUCUAAAAUUCUAUUCUACACAAACCUGCAUAGAUGCAAAUAACACACAGUGUCACAAUUUUCAGAUUUUCAGCAUGUUUUUGUUUUGGUUUUUAUUAAGCCAAACGCUGAACAAAGGCCCUUAACAAUUAGUUUAUUUAGAUGACAACAAAAAGAAGUCUGGAAGUAGAGAUGUACAGUCAGAGUUAUGGUACAAUAAUACAUACGAUGACAGCAACAUUAUGAGACGUCCGUGACAUCACAGAGAGAACCAUGAGAAAAAAAACUGAAUAUUUAAUUAACUUACAAAUAAUUACGAGUGAAAUUAGUAUAUUCAAGGUUAUCUAUGUGGAUUAACAAACAUAUUGUUUUCGUGGAUUAGAGUGUUUUUUACGAUAAAUACAUGUUCUCAAUAUGAGGAUAGACAAACUGAACAAAUUUGAUGAGAUUACUUUUGUUAACCUGAAAUCAAUGACCACUAAAACAUCCUGUUAAUUGCGGUUUGAAAUUGGCUUUAUUUAGCACUUCAUUUGUAGGAUGGCCUAAAUUAUUACAUGGUUGUCAUGGAUCCCGAAAAACAAAUUUUGUUUGUAUACUUUAAUAGGGUACAAGAAUCUGGAUAAAUAUUAAAUGAGAACACAAGAGAUCUAUUGCAAAUUGUAACUCAUGUUAACCUUAAAAAAACAUUGUGCAUACGACAGCCAUCUUGUUUAUGUUUGUUAUUUUCAUUCAGUAACAAUGAAUGCACAUGGCAUGUACUCAUGCGUAUCCCAGCAAAACUGACAUUCGCCCCAAAGAUGGCUCCAAUGCAAAUGGUCUAUAAUGCUUGAUGAUUGAACUACGCUUUUGGGACAAACAAAAAAUAUCUCGAAUCGUUGAAUUUCCAAGCAGUGAAAAAAUACAGCUAAUCCAGAAAAAGGAAGUCUUUGGCUGAACUGAGUUUGUAUACCUCACUGGGAUGUGGUUAUAUGUGUAAUACAUCUUCCAAAUCUUGGUUAAUAAUUAUACAAGGAUAAUAGUUUUGACAUAUACAGUCUUUUAUCAUACAGUAAUGGCAUUAUAUAUUCUUUUCAUAUGCAGCAUGCAAAAAAUCAAGUGUUUUCUUAAUGCAGAAAAAUAGUUUUGUUUUGUUUCUUCAAAGUAAUGCACACUGGGUGCACCCUGCAAAACAAAAAUCAAAAUUAUUUCCAACUUCUUCAAUUUUGGAUGUUCAACAUCUGGCCAUGAACAACGUUUUGGUUAUUGGACAACUGAACCCACCCCCC